ACUUCCGACGACACGAACUCCAAGAAAACAGCGCCAUCUUGUGCAAAUGCGUUAUAAGCAAAAGAAACCCGACUAAUUGAAAAUUUGGCCUGACAUUUAAUUGAGUGACUCCCAACAUUUGAAAGAGAAGUUCCCGGCAACAAACAACGAAAUUAACUUAAGUCUGCGUCACAAAUGGCGAUGGCGAGGCAAAGUCAGGCGAGUCCUCAAAGUUUCAAGUUUCGACGAGCCUCCUUCGAGAUGCUGACGGACUGUCUAGCGAAUCUCAACGAGAAAAACAAAGAUAACCUCCGUAGUUUGUCCACCUCCAGCGGAAUCUUCAAGGAGAAAAUAAUAUUUGAAUACACUCUGCAGAUAUGUCAAGAGCUCAGACUGGACCCGCCCACUGCGUACCACGCUGUCGAAUUGCUUCAAAAGUUCAUGGUCAAGCACAUCACGAACUUGCUGACACCUGCAGGCGCGAGCAGGGUUGAGACAAGUGCCCGCGAGGACGCCGCGUUCGAGCAGCUGCAAGGGAAGUUCGUCUUGAUCGUAUUUUCCUGCGUGCAGCUGGCGAGCAAGUUGUCGCUCCACAGCCAAAUUAUUGACAUCAACAUGGGCGUGCGCUUCCUGCGCUCGGUCGGCCUGGAUUUCUCCAAGCAGGCCGUGCUGGAAUCGGAACUGAUGGUCCUAAAGGGCCUCGAGUUCCGACUGGACCCUCCCAACCCGCUCACCUACGUGGAAAUCCUUCUGGAGGUGCUUGAUCUGAACUUGACCCACAUCCGCAGGCCACAACGAGCCGAGCGCCCCCGUGGAGCGCCUGCACCACCUUUGCUGCCACUUGCUCCAGUUUGUCAGCCUGCAGCGCCGCACUCUCUACAACGCCCUGCUGGCUGUCACCACGGAGAGCCGCAAUCCCACCGCAGAGCAGAGAGAGAAGUUCAUGGCGGUAACGGAAGACUGCAUGCUCCUGGGUGUGGGUGUCAUCGCCGCCGCCGCCUUCAUCCUCCACGUCAAAGACUGGGAGCAGGUGGUGAAAGAACUGAGCCACAUCACAGGAAUUUCCACCACCAGCAUCAGCGAUUUCGCCCGCGUCACGCUCGUGCUCGUCGUCGAAACCCCCGCAAACGGCCAGUGAUCUUUAAUGGUCUCUUGUGUUCACUCGAGUCAUUAAAAUACAUCUCUCCCGAUGUGCAUGUACAUCUUCAGUGUGUGUGUGUGUGUGUGUGUGUGUUUUGUUGUAUGCUAGCUAUGUGCCUCGUCAUUCAUCAGUCCAGAUGUCAGUUCGAAGCAGCAACAAUGGUUCCAGUGCUUCAUCGUCAUCAGUCAGUCUCCUUUAUGUAUCAAUCAUUGGAGGGAACGGAAAUGAUUGGUCACUCUAGUUGACAAUCAUUAGACACUGCAGCAUUGAUUGGUCCCAACAGUGUCAAAACAUCAAACAAUCUCUUGCGACAUGUCUUAAUAAUUGACAUGUGGACUGACAAAUGAAGUGUCAAUUAUGUAACCAACCAAUCACCACAGCUGGAUCCUAUGACUGUCCAGUAAACUGACGAAUGAAGAGUUGGUGACCUAAUCAAUCAUAUGCCAGCGUUUUGUUUAAUGAUUGACAUGUAGACUAACCAAAAGCUAAGGGCUGAAACCAAUCAGCUGCUGUUGUUAUAAAGAUUGACUUAAUGAUGUAAACUGACCAAUGAGGAGUAAGGACUCUCCCAAUGACUACCAUUACAGUGAAAGUGAUUGAUCUAUAUUGUGACUGUAGCGCUUAAAGGUCAAGUGUCAUCCCUAUAAACAUUCUAAAAUAGGUAUUGUAAUGAGAAAUACAUAUAACAUUAAUCACUUCAAAGUCUAUACGAAAAAAUAAAUAUGAGUGGAGAGCGCGUCAUCCAUGCGCAAAGUUGCGGAAGUCUCAUUCGACAUCCAAGUGGUCGCCAUAUUGGCUGCAUCUUCUGUCUGUGACAUAACGCUGGGACGUCCACCAGUGAAAACACGAUGCGCCACAUACUACGGGAUACGAACACGCUCCUUCUGGCACGGAAGAAGAGAACAUGAAGUGACCGAGGCAAUAUGACCCUAUCGUUUCAAGCCAUGUUUAGAUGACGUGCGGAUCACGGCCAAACCGCAUGCGGCCUAACCUCCCCGCUUGAUCCACCUCUGCGCCGCGUUGAUAAAAGCAAUGCCGCCCGCGAGCGACGACGACGCUAGCUAGGCGUAGCGCUCAUCCUUUUCACCUGUGCAAUCCAUUUUUCACGACGGACCGGGUCUUUUGGUCUUUGGUCUUUUCAAUUCGUCCUCCUCAGUGUUUGAGCAAUAUCCAGCAAGACAACGAGCCGGCAUUUUGGCUAAUACGAAGGAACAACGAGCUACCUUCCAGCUGGUAAAACUAGUAUAAACAGACGAGACCGCUUGAGCGCGCUACUGCUCUGUACGUCACUUCCUGCUUCUUGUCGACACCAAAUCCCUCGAGAGGAUUUUCAUGGCGGGAGUUACAAAAAGCCAUACACGUCAAAAUCAUGUUUUGUGGUGAAAAAACAGAUGGGUCCAUACCGGCUUGAUAACAUACUAAAAAUCAUGCAUUUCAUGAUAGUGGACCUUUCAUGAAAAAAAUUGUUACAUGCAGCACCAGUGAUUGGUUGGUUAUGCCACAUUCUCGUUACGACUUAGGGACAAGUCAGGGCUCAAGUUCCAUAUUUGAUAAAGCCUGUACCGAAUUUCAAAUCUGAUUCUCAGUCAAAAUAAACGUUCCGCAGUCUCCCGAGUGACUCGAAGGGCUCGAGGUGGUCUCUCUCCGCUGUGGCGAAUCAUUGAAGUGGCAGCCCGCUCCCGCUCACGCUGCAGGUUAGUUUGAAGACAACACGGCGAACCUCGAGCGCCGUUAGUUCCGGCGCGGCGCCUGACUCAGACGCAGGUGGCUUGACUUUUCCCCGUCAGGAGGGAGAAUCGUGUCAACGCACCUGCUCUACCGCCACCAUUUGCGUAUCAAAAUCCAGUCCGAUGAUUUUGAAACCCACAUUGUACUGAACCUGUUCAUCAACCGCUCACAUGUCACAAUAUGUGUAAAAAGGACUUAAUCAUACUAGUUUUUUGGCAUUAAGGGGUUAUUACAUGGAAGAGAAUCUCUGCAAACUAUGCAAUAAAAAUACGCACCUUUUGUGUAAAGUUGACAAGUGAUUAAGUGAAGGCUAUGAUAAUUACACAGACAGCCCCUAAGCACCCAUUUGUCACAUUUUUGUCGACAUGCCAUCGUUUCCAUGGCGACGUAUGUCCGUAUCUGACAUGUUUGAUCGCCGCGAACAUUUAGCGUGAUAUUACACAGACAAACGUCCAAACGGAGUCACCUUUUGACGCGGGCCGACUUGCACGGAGAGCGGACAACCUCGCCCGUGGCAAGCGUUGCUAUCCGUGCCGUUGCCGUACGUUGUCGCAAUUACGUUAUGUCAGAGUUAUGUUUUUAAUCAGGUGCUAAAACAGGCGCAGCUAUUUCAUUCAAUCCUGUUGAUUUACGUAAUCGACAAAAGUUUAGACAUUAACCACAGGAAAAGAGUUGAUUUGUUUGGUCACCGUGGCGACCCGUGACCGCCUCCCGCAUGAGCGAUUUGGUUUCCGGGGGCCUCCUUCAAGUAUUUCUCAUUACUCUCUG